AUGUCCCAACAGCUAACACACUCACCCCAACAGUUCAUCGUCCACCUACUACUUCUGUUACCUCUCAAAGUCUCCUCCUCCUCCUCCUCCACCUCCUUCUCCUCUUCUUCUCCCUCUUCCUCUUCUGCUUCCUCCUCCUCCUCCUCUUCUUCUUCUUCUUCUUCCUCCUCCUCCUCCGACUUCUCAUUCUCCUCUUCUUUGUCCUCCUUCCUGAUUAUUCAUGACGGUGGCAGAAGACGAGCUCACCUACCAGAGGUCUCUGUGAUGGUUUACGCUCUCCUUGUCUGUUGUGUUGUGUGCUUUAUACUUCCAGGACGAUGCCAGUCCCAUGCUCUCAUGUUGGAUAAGCACUCGCAAGCCCUUACCAAUAGUCCUCUUCCUGACAUGAGUGUAUUCACAUCGCCCUACUGGCAGCAAAGAGUCACCCUUCCCUACGCCUUGCCACCCUGGAGAUCUCAGUGGAACCAACUUGAUGUGCAAAAUUGUUGUCCAGCUCCAAAGGACAUUCUUAGCGCAGAUGAAGUUCUAGCUCAUGAGCGGGCCAUUCAGAGGGCUGCUGAGUCUCAGCGAUAUCUACGACGAACGCAAAGGAUUCUCCGACUCCAGCAUCUCCAAUGGUUAUCCCAUCGCGAGUUCCUCGCCUCCUUUGGGAAGGCACCCAAACAGAGAUUACGCCGACGAAACGCAUCGGUAGCUGUACAAAGGGCGUUCGUGUCAACGCCUACAAUGCUGGCAGCAACGGUAAAGGCAAAGUCAGUAGCGCCUAUGUCAUCUGCAAUGAAAGCAGAGUCAUCAACUCUUGUGGACACGAUCACAUCUCCUGCCUCCCUCUUUACUACAACUGCCUCCUAUCCGACCCCCACCGUGGAGACUGUUCAGGAAGGCGCACUAGCGACUGUACACCGAUUAGCGAUUCGGUCGAAAACAAUCCUUAUAUCAAGUGGUGUGAUAAGAGCACGCCUUCGCUACUUGAUUCAAUUGCAUCGCACGCUAGAGGGAAAGCACAGACUUUUGGCUGAAGUACGCCUCCACCCACAGUACCCACCUAUCUACACUGGGAUUGUGGAGGAUGUAUGCGCCUACUGGCCAGCGGACGCACCCGGCUCUCAGUGUUCCCUAAAGAAACGGCGCUUCUACCAGAAGGGGAGCAUUUGCCUAUGCCAUAUGCCACCGGGCAUCUACCACCAACGCCUUAAAAUAAACUUCAGUGAUAUCUUCGAAGGUGCUCAAAUUUCCCAAUUCCUUAUCAACAUCCUCUUCUCUGGGCAGGUAUGCGAGCCCACGUCCUAG